AUGGACCUCGGAACUUGUCGUUGGAGUAAAAGCGAUCACGGUUGGAAUUUGCUCAGGAAUGAAGAAAUAAUACUCAAAAAUUUGCAAAUACCAUUCCGAUCAAGUUUUUUCGUAUUACCGCUGUUAGUAAAUUUACAAAUUAUCCUGAAAUCCCAGCCUAAAGCAGCACUGCUUUGGAUUGCCUGUAGAUCUACCGGAAUGCAACCGGAACACCAUCGGUCUGGAUUGUGUAGUAGUGCACCCCCCAUCGCAAGCACGUCUAACGAUUUUCUUCAUGACUAUGCUUUUCCGCAUGAUCUUCCUCCUCGCCAUUGCUAG